UCCUUGAGGCUGACCCAUGGCCCAGCAGAGAGCUCUGCCGCAGAGCAAAGAGACGUUGCUACAGUCUUACAACAAACGGCUCAAGGACGAUGUCAAGUCCAUCAUGGACAAUUUCACAGAAAUCAUCAAGACCGCCAAGAUUGAGGACGAGACCCAGGUGUCCCGGGCCACCCAGGGUGAACAGGAUAAUUACGAGAUGCACGUGCGAGCUGCCAACAUUGUCCGAGCUGGCGAGUCCCUGAUGAAGCUGGUGUCCGACCUCAAGCAGUUCCUGAUCCUCAAUGACUUCCCAUCGGUGAACGAGGCCAUCGACCAGCGCAACCAGCAGCUGCAUGCGUUGCAGGAUGAGUGUGACCGGAAGCUGGUGGCUCUGCGCGAUGAGGCCUCCAUCGACCUCUACGAGCUGGAGGAGGAGUUCUACUCGUCCAGGUACAGAUAGAGC